GAGAUCAGUUCUUGAUGCAUCGUUGCGAGGAAAGCUUACAUGGAUUCUGAUCGAGUUUCCUACGUGGAUUACGCUAGCGGCUGGAAUCAAAAAAUUAUGAAGUUCAUGGGGAUUUGGCCGGAAGAACGAGGAUUUGCCAAUGCGUGCAGUUACAAAGUGUUAUUCACGAUUGGUUUUAUGUUUCUAUUCAUUACCCUACCACAAACAACGAAUCUCUAUUUUAUUUGGGGUGAUUUCGAAUUGAUCGUGGAGAAUUUAUCGGUGGGAAACAUGACUACCACUAUUGCUAUAUUGAAGACAGCUACCUUUUGGUCCAACAGAAGAACUAUGAAAGUACUUCUAUCGCACAUGGAAAGCGAUCGAAAAGAAGCUAAAGCCGAGGAGAACAUCAAGAAAAUGAUGAGUAUCGGUGUUAUCAGCAGGAAGAUAAUAGCUGGAAGUAUCAUAAUGUGUAACUUUGUUGCCUUAACUUUUGUGACAUUUAAAACCCUUUUGUUACCAUAUACCGGACGGGUUUUGUAUUAUCGUGCUUAUUUCCCAUACGACACUCGAAUCUUUCCAAAUUUCGAAAUAACACUGAUUGGCCAAAUUGCAGCCGCAAUUUAUGUUGCGAACAGUUACACAGCUGUUGACACUUUCAUGGCAAUGUUGAUGUUACACGUGUGCGGACAAUUUUCGAAUCUCCGUAGAAAAUUGACAAAGUUGUGUUCGGAAAGUAAUAGAAAUUUUCAUAUCGAUCUAAGAAGAAUUGUACGAAAGUAUGAUAUGCUUAACAGGUAUGCUGAAACGAUCGAGGACAGAUUCAACGGCAUGUUGCUUAUCCAAAUGCUUAGCUGUACAGUGCAACUGUGCGUUCAAUCCUAUCAAGCAAUUUCGGCUCUUGUGGAUGACGAUCAAGGUCUCUUGAUAGUCCGACUAUUCUUUUUUGCUAUAUACACAACGUACGUCAUGCUUCAUAUCUAUCUAUAUUGUUACGUCGGCGAAAAACUUUUCUCUGAGGGAACGAAAAUUGCUUAUGCAGCGUACGAUUGCAACUGGUACGAUCUAUCACCAAAGGAAGCUAAAUGUCUUAUAAUAAUAAUGUGUCGAGCACAAUUAUCAUCGCGUAUUACUGCAGGAAAAUUUUGUUCCUUCAAUCAUGAGCUAUUCGGCAAGAUUUUAAAAACAUCGAUGGGUUACUUGUCCGUCCUAUAUGCGAUGAAAACCAAAGAUAUUGGACAAAUUACAGCCGCACUUUACGCAGCCAACAGUUAUACAGCUGUUGAUACAUUCAUGACAAUGUUGGUGUUACAUGUGUGCGGACAAUUUUCGAGUCUCAGAAAAAACUUGACCCAAUUGUGUUCGGAAAGUAACAAAAAUUUUCGAAUUGAUCUGGCGAGAAUUGUGGAAAAAUAUGAUAUGCUUAAUAGAUAUGCUGAAACAAUCGAUGACAGAUUCAACGGCAUGUUACUUGUACAAAUGCUUGGCUGUACAAUGCAACUCUGUGUUCAAUUCUAUCAAGCAAUUUCGUUCUUUGAUGAAUUUUUGUAUUACUCAAAAAAAAAAAAAAAAAAAAGAAAAGAAAAUCGGUAUAUUUAUUGUCUUUCAAUGAAUUAUAUUGCUCAAGCCAUUAGUGUUCUACUAUCUCAUAUGGAAGAGGAUCGAAAAGAGACUAAUACCGAGGAAGAAGCAAGAAGGAUGAUGAGGAUCGCGAAAAUUUGCAGGAGGAUAUCCAUUGGAUGUAAUUUAACGUAUUACAUAAUAAUUAUUCUUUUUAUCAUUCUGCAUAUUCUAUUAGUUCGUUAUAUCGGUCAUAUUCUCAUAAUACGCUCUUAUUUCCCAUACAACAUCCAAUCCACACCGAAUUACGAGCUAACAGUUCUUGGUCAAACAUUGGCUGCAUACUGCGCAGCCGGAGUUUACACAUCGGUUGAUACUUUCGUCGCUACUUUGGUGUUCCAUGUAUGUGGACAACUUAAAAAUUUGAAACAACGUUUGCGCGAUUUGUGUUGUGAAAAAGACAAUGAAGAUUUUUUCAUUAAAAUUGGUCAAAUCGUUAAGAAGCACGAUUCAUUGAGCAGAUUCGUCAAUACGAUCGAAAAUAAUUUCAAUGACAUGUUUCUAUUGCAAAUGGUCGGCUGUACGGUGCAACUUUGCGUUAUGUGUUUCCUGGUUCUUUUGACUCUUGGAGGAAAGGAUGGUAUAAUCUUAAUUCAAAUAGUAUUCCUCCUGUUAUGCAUAACAUACGUUUUGCUUCAAAUCUAUUUGUAUUGUUACAUUGGUGAGGAACUUAUUUCAGAGAGCAUAGGAAUUAUGGACGCUGUCUACGAAUGUGAGUGGUAUGAUUUAUCAUCUAAUAAAGCUAGAUCACUUAUUAUGAUCAUGAUCCGAGCAAAAGUACCAUUUUUCAUAACCGCAGGAAAAUUUUGUUCUUUCAGUCAUAAACUCUUUUGCAACAUUUUGAGAACGUCGAUGAGUUACUUGUCGGUACUCCAUGCUAUGAACAUUGUAAAUACGGAAUAAAAUGUACAAAUGCAUCUCCAAAUGUACUAUUUAUUGUUGAACUAAAUCUAUAGUAGAAAUAUAUCGCAAA